AUGAACAACCACCAAAUCUUUGCUGAAAACAUUUCUGAAGAAAAACAAAUCUUAGAACUAGGACAAACCAAAGAAGUUUGCUAUGAAAGUAAUACUUCUACUUAUAAAGCAUCAUCAGAUGAUCUAGAAUUCUUGGAAAAAGAAAUCAAAGAAAUAGAAAAAUGUAAAAUUAUUCAAGAAUCAAAUAGCUCAUG